UGCAGACAUAAGUUUGUUCAGUAACCUGUAUCAAGCAACUUAGAAAUCAUGUUCAAAUACUUGGUAUUUUUCGCCCUGUUGGCCGUAGCCUUCGCCGUAGCAUCUGCUGACCCUGCACCAGCCCCCAAACCAUUGGUCUACUCUUCAUAUGGAGCUGUACCCUUAGCCUACUCUGCCCCCUACUACUCUUCCGGAUACUAUGGAGGUGUGGUUUACUGAAACAUUAGGACCUUUCUGAAACGCUCUCUACGGUUAUGAUUUUUUUAUUUGGAUGGAAAUUCUGUACACUAGCUAAUCAACAAUAAAUAAAUUUGUUUUUAUA